AUGGAUGAGAAUAAUAUAUUGAUUAGAAGAGGAUGUUAUAAACGAUAUUUACAAGAUGACGAUGUACCAGUGCCCGAAUCAACAAUUCGUUCUCGUAGACGACGAGAACAGAUGCCAUUACAACAGGAACAAGAAAUUAAUGUUGAUGAUUCUAUGAUAUCGAGACAACCAUUUGUGAGUUCUAAUGACAACACACAUACCAUUGCUGCUGAAGACAUUUCGGAAGAUAGUGAUUCAAAUAUAAAUGGUCCAAUAUCUGGCAAUCCAGAAAAUAAGAAUGAUACAGUGAGUGUAAUCAUUGAAUCAAAUUUCAAUCUUUCGGAUGAGAUCUCAGCAUGUUCGAGCGAAUCUGAUGUUGUGAUCGCCAAUGAUGACGCAUCGGAUUUGGAAGAAGAUAUAGUUCAAGACUAUGAUGAAUUCUUAGAUGAGUCUGCAGAGAAUGUAGCAUUUGUGCCACCAGAGAACAAUGAUCAGGAACGAGUCCCAUUAUAUGAACAAUCGAAUAUAUCCAAGAUAGAAAGUGAACUCCUCAUAUUAAACUUUGCGAUACGACACAAUCUAACUGAUGUUGCUCUUGAGGACCUCAUCACUUUGAUAAACUGUCACCUACCAUACUCAGUAUACCACACGAAGUAUAUAUUUAUGAAGAAAUAUGAUAUUCCAGCAUCAAUUCGUAAAUGCUAUUAUUGUCCAGAGUGUUAUGUAAGAUUGAAAACUAGUGCAGAUGAUAGAGCAAAAGAAAACCUUGUUUGCCAAGAGUGCCAAUGUAGAUAUGAUAAACAUACGUUGAGAAAAAGUGGUAACUAUUUCCUAUAUUUACCUUUAAAACAGCAGUUGCGCGACUUUGUAAACAGCGACAAAUAUGCUUUGCUUCAAAAAGGAAACGAUAAUUAUUCUGAUAUAACUUCUGGACAAGUGUAUACAUCUUUAAAAGAUUCUGGGAUAAUUCAAUUACAUGAUAUCACGCUGCAGAUCAGUUCUGACGGAGUUCAAGUGUUUCAUUCAUCGUCUGUAUCUAUGUGGCCUAUACAGGUGAUGAUAAAUGAAUUGCCGUAUAGAGAAAGGAGAAAAAAUAUGAUGUUGUGUGGUUUGUGGUAUGGUAAAGAAAAACCUGAUAUGAAUUUGUUUUUAUCUUUACUCGUCGAGGAAUUGAUCUCAUUGCAUGAAGUAGGCAUUACACGUAACGUGCCAGGCGAAGAAGAAAUUCAUAUUAGAGUACACACAAUCGCGUCUCCUGUAGAUUCUGUCGCGCGACCUUUAUUACAAAAUAUAAAACAAUAUAAUGGAAGUUUUGGUUGCAGCUUUUGCCUGCAUGAAGGUAUUCACAUUGAAGUCGGUAAAGGAAUGACAAGAGUAUAUCCUGGUUACGUAAAGGAACCGCGCACAUUGCAUCAACAUGAAGUAGAUUGUGAAAUUGCUGUGCAAACUGGAACUACACCUCACGGUGUGAAAGGACCAACAGUUUUAAUGCUACUACCGGUCUUUGAUAUUACAUCUUCGUUUACACCUGAUUAUAUGCAUUCUGUUUUAUUGGAAGUUACAAAAACUUUUACGGAUGCUUGGUUUAACUCGUCAAAUCACGAAAAAAACUGGUAUAUAGGAAACAAAGUAGAUCUUAUUGACGAGAAGCUGUUGCAAAUAAAACCACCGUGUGAAAUUACUCGUACGCCCAGAUCUAUUAAUGAAAGAAAUUUAUGGAAGGCAUCAGAAUGGAAGAACUUCUUGCUCUAUUACUCUCUUAUUUGUCUACAAAACGUAAUGCCUUUACAAUAUGUAAGACACUGGUUUCUUUUUAUCUGUAGCAUGCACAUAUUUCUACAAGAAAAAAUCAAUGGCGUAGAUUUUUCGACGGCUAAAAAUGCAUUGAAAAUCGUGCCAGAGAGUCAGCCAACGGCAUUAGCACAAUUCAACGUAACAAACUCGACCAAGCAAAUACACAUAGAGUCUCCCCCUAAAGAUCUCGAUACUAGGAGAGUCCCGUAUACUGACAGGAAAGCUAGUUCACAGUUUGGCAGACACAAAGCCAAACGAUCUCCUAUAGAGUUCUGUACGACAACGAGGCAGCAAGAGUGCACUGUCAGUGGUCCUAGUAACACGAGAAGUUAUUUGCGAUCUGAAGGCAAACCUCUCGCAGAGUCGACCUGGCGUCUGGGUCCGUAA